AUUUUAAGCUUUGUUCCCGAGCCAAGUUCAACUCCUUUUGGUCAUUAAUGUCAAAAAGAUUGAACCAACUUUCUUCAUCGACCCAUCAUUUUCCAAAGUAACUAUCUAUAAAAAACCUCAAGCUGAUUCAAUGUAUCUUCUGUUACUAAGAAAAAGCAAACUCUGAAGACAAAAGAAAUGGAGAAGCAAAAAGGUCACAUUCUUGUGCUUACAUAUCCUGCCCAAGGCCACAUAAACCCUCUCCUUCAGUUUGCUAAACGCCUGGCGUCCAAGGGACUAAAGGCCACUCUAGCCACCACCCAUUACACUGUCAAGUCAAUCUGCGCAACCACAGUUGGUGUCGAGCCCAUCUCCGAUGGCUACGAUGAAGGCGGUUUCAAGCAAGCUCCAAGUGUAGAAGCCUACUUGGAGUCUUUCAGAACAGUUGGUUCAAGAACUUUUGCAGACAUCAUACUCAAGUACCAAAACUCAGACUCACCUGUUGACUGUAUUGUGUAUGAUUCAUUGCUGCCUUGGGUUCUUGAUGUAGCUAGACAGUUUGGCGUUUAUGGAGCAGUAAUAUUAACUGUUUCAGCUUCUGUUUGCUCUAUGUUUUGGCAAAUAAAUCAAGGGCUUUUGACUUUGCCCAUGAAGCAAGAAACCAUGCCCUUAUUGUUGCCUGGCCUGCCUUCACUUGAAUUCUGUGACUUGCCAAGUUUUCUUGCACAGCCUGCAAGUAAUCGUGCUUAUUUGGCAGAGAUUUUAGAGAAAUUUGCCAGAUUGAAUGAAAAUGAUUGGGUGUUCUGCAACUCCUUUCAGGAGCUGGAAAGUGAGCUAGUGGAGACGAUGUUGGGACACUGGCCAUUGGUGAUGAUCGGUCCAAUGGUGCCAUCAGCCUACCUGGACCAACAGAUUGAGGGAGAUUCAGCUUAUGGAGCUAGUCUUUGGAAACCAACAAGUGAAGAGAGCAUGAGAUGGCUAGACACCAAGCCAGAAAAUUCAGUGAUAUAUGUGUCAUUUGGAAGCAUGGCAGAUAUUGCAGCUACACAAGUUGAGGAAAUAGCAUGGGGCUUGAAAGCGAGCAACAGGCCUUUCUUAUGGGUUGCAAAGGAGAAUGAGAACAAGUUGCCAGUUGACUUUGUGAAGUCAGUUGGUGACACAGGGUGCGUUUUGACAUGGUGUAACCAGCUUGAGGUGCUAGCACACCCUGCCGUGGGUUGCUUCGUAACACACUGUGGAUGGAACUCGACUUUGGAAGGGCUGAGCCUGGGUGUGCCGAUGGUGGCAGUGCCGCACUGGAGUGACCAGCCAACUAACACUAAAUUUGUGGAGGAUGUGUGGAAGGUAGGAGUGAGAGUCAAGAAGGAUGAACAGGGGAUUGUUAAAGGGGAAGAACUAAAGAGAUGUAUAGAGGAAAUCAUGGAUGGAGAAAGAAGUGAAGAAUUUAAGCGCAAUGCAUCCAAGUGGAGAGAGUUUGCCAAGAAAACUGUUAGUGUUGGCGGUAGCUCAGAUAGGAAUAUUGAUGAAUUUGUAAUGAAGAUGAUGAAAGGAGAGAGAAAGAGAAACUUUUGAUUGUUGUCAUCAGUCAUCACUUUAAUA